CUGUGGAACAACGCUCACGCCCGCGAAGAUGUCCAGGUUGCAGUGAAGAAGAGUCUUCAGGCGCUGGGGAUGGAAUAUAUUGAUCUCUUCCUCGUUCACUGGCCGGUGGCUUAUAAGAGCGGCGAGGAAUGCCACCCCAAGGACGCAGAUGGGAAAAUAGCCGUUGCGGACGAUGACGAACAUGAUUACCUUGAGACAUGGAAAGGUAUGGAAGACAUACUGGAAGCAGGGUUAGUCAAAGCUAUCGGCGUCUCCAAUUAUAACAUAGAUCAAAUGCGCCGACAGGUGGAGAAUUGCAGGAUAAAGCCAGCUGUCUUAGAGAUCGAAACACACCCAUUCAUGGCCAAUGGGGAACUGGUGGAUUUCUGUCAGACUCAUGGGAUAGCCGUGAUCGGGUAUAGCCCCCUGGGGAAGCCCGGACGCUCUUGGAAAACGGAAGGAGACCCGGAUAUUUUCACCAACGAAACCAUAGCAACCAUUGGGAAGAAAUACAACAAGUCUCCUGCACAGGUGGCGCUUCGGUACCAAGUCCAGCGACAGGUUUGUCCUGUGCCCAAAACUAAGACCUUGUCACGACUGAAAGAAAAUAUAGAUAUAUUUGACUUCGAGCUCUCUGGAGAUGACAUGAAAAAGCUUGAGAAACUUAACCAGAACUUCAGGGUGUUAUGGCUGGAGAGUCUAAAACACAGCAAAAAUUAUCCAUUCCAUUCGUAAAUACAGGACUAGGAGGUGUAUCAUGCUGAAUUAAGUAUCGUGAACGGUGAAUCAUCCCUCAUAUUCGUCAGACAAACGUCCAAUAUACCG